AUGGGCAGGCCGGUGCCGCCGGCGUGCGACGGUCAACUCUCGAGUCGUGCAUUCCGCUCUCCCCAGCCUCCGAAUCAUCCACCAUGGCGUACUCACUUCUGGGGUCCCGUCGCCAACUGGGGUCUUCCCCUUGCCGCGCUCUCCGACGUCUUCAACAAGGAUGAGGAGUACAUUUCCGGCGUCAUGUCGCCCACCCUCGCCGUUUACUCGAUGAUCUUCAUGCGCUUCGCGUGGCGUGUGAUUCCGCGCAAUUACCUGCUCUUCGCGUGUCACGCGACGAACGCGGCCGCCCAGUCGGUGCAGGAGAUGCGCUACAUCAACUACUGGUACUUUGGCGGACGGGAGAAGAAGCACCCCGAGCUCGUUGCAGCCGACGCGGCCAAGGACGCGUCGCAGGAGAUCAAGGACGCCGCCGCGCUCAUCAAGCAGGACAAGUUCUCUGCCGCCGGCGACGACCUCAAGCAGGCCGGAAAGGAGGCGCUCCACGCCGCCUCGGCUGGCGCUGAGGCCUUCUCCAAGAAGGGACAGGAGGUCAAGGCCGAGGUCGAGAGCAAGGUCCAGAAGGAGAUUGACUCGCUCAAGAAGUAA